AAAAUAGUAAUAAUCGGAUGAAUUGUUUCAGAGUUAUUGCCCUUAAUGACUUAGUAAAACCGCGUCAAAUUUGGCUUGUAGGCAGAUUAAGACUACAGUUUGUAUCUGAUUUUUGGUGAAACUUGUCAUGCAUGUAUAUUGAUGAGAUAUCAGUCAAAUCUGAAAUUGAUAAUAAUCGGAUGAUUAAUUUCAGAGUUAUUGCCCUUGACUUAGUAAAAACGCUUCAAAUUUCAAUUGUAGACACGAUAAAAACUAGGUAUGCAUGUAUAUAAUGAUGAGAUCUCGGUCAAGAUCGAAAUUGGCAAUAAUUGGAUGAACGGUUAGAGUGUUAUAGCGUCAAAUUUGGCUUCAGUUUCAGAGUUAUUGGCCUUGUAUGUACAGCGAUGACUAGGCCUUUUUAUUCAAGCAAAUCUUAUCAACUCGCUUUGGCAGCCGAGUUUCAUCACGUGGUACAAGUCAACUCUCCUUAAAUAAACGCUAGGUUUGGUGUAGCAAUGGCAGUCCAAGCUGACUUAGUAAUUAAGGCAUACUGCAAAUACAAAAUUACACUUGCUGUAUUAAUGAGACAGAAAAGUUUUAUUCCUGGUUCCAGCUUGUUAAGUAACCAACCAAGAAAGCCAGCUUACUCCAGAAUUUAAACCCCACGAGCCUUUUACAUUAAAUACUCUUGCCAUUCUGUUUGUUUAGAUAAGUUGGUCUGGUAUCGAGUUGCCUGCCCUUUCAAAUACACAGAUUAUUGAACAGUAGACUGUUUAUUUUUGGAUUGAACACAGUUAAAUCUGCCAAUGGAAUAAUUUCUUCUACCGAUGAUUCUCUUUGCUGUAAUACAAAUUCAAACGCUGAAGUGGUAUUCCUUGAAUAACCUACAUAUAUAAAGAUUAGCUGGCCUAUAGAUAUAAAUGAGGUCAGUUUAUAAGAAGACAUCAGUAAUUAUAUUCAACAAGAUAGUGACAACCAACUACCAUCUACCUGUACUGUCCAUUAACCAUCUGCAAUAUUCUAAGAUGGCAACUGUUAAAGUAAAUCCAAGAAUUGGUGUAUGUCAAUUUACAGCUACCAGCAACAAGGAAGAGAAUUUUUCAACAUGUAAGAGUCUUAUUGAAAAAUCAGCUGCUCUUGGAGCAAAGGUGAUCUUUCUACCAGAAGCCUGUGACUAUAUUGCUGAAACUAUACAAUCAUCAGUUGAUAUGGCUGAAAGUCUGGAUGGUCCUAUUUUAACACAGUUUAAACAGUUGGCACAGUCUAAUAAUGUUUGGUUGUCUGCAGGAUUUCAUAUCAAAUCAAAAAGUGAUGAAAAUAGAGUAUAUAACAGUCAUGUAAUGAUAAACAGUGAAGGUGUCAUCACAGCAGUGUAUAAUAAAGCUCAUUUAUUUGAUCUAGAUAUAAAGAAUACAGUUAAAUUAACAGAGAGUAGUUUUACUAUACCAGGUUCUCACAUUAUAGAACCUAUUCAAACACCAGUUGGUCGACUUGGUUUAGCUACAUGUUAUGAUUUGAGAUUCCCUGAUAUGGCCAUUACUUUACGUCAGCAAGGAGCAGAGAUUUUAACAUAUCCAUCUGUAUUUACACAAACUACUGGACUAGCCCAUUGGGAGCCACUAUUACGAAGUAGAGCUAUUGAAAACCAGUGUUAUGUGGUAGCAGCAGCACAAAUAGGAAAACAUAACAAUAAAAGAACCUCAUACGGCCAUUCUAUGGUUGUUGACCCAUGGGGAACUGUUAUAGCUCAGUGUAAAGAUGGAACAGAUGUAUGCCUAGCUGAAAUAGAUCAUGAAUAUUUAUAUAAAAUACGUCAAGAUAUGCCAGUUCAAUCACAUAAACGUACAGAUUUAUAUUCACCUAUUAAU